CCCAACCCCCAUCUUCAUCACAUACAUACAUAAUAUAUAAUACACACCUCGAUUUGAUCGUUCAUCACUAAUAUAUAUAUUACUUUUCUUUUUUUCUCUAUUAAUUAAACUAACCCUACUCUCUCUCUCUCUCUCUCUCUAAGAAAAAAAGAAAAGAAAGAAAAAACAAAAGAAUCUCCCUCCAGUUUCUCUCUCUAGUUUAUGCCAGUAGUAAUGGCAGUGUUUCAGUGGCAGUGCAAGAAAAGAGAGCGAGAGUUUUCCUUGGGAAGGUAAACCAUACAUAACCAAAACCAAAACCAAAACCAAAUCCAAAACCCUCAUCCCCUAUUAAUUAUUAGUUUUAAUCAACAAAAAGAAAAGAGAAAAAAAAACCCUUUUGAUUAAGUUGCCAUACACACUCAAAACACACACAACACGCACUCUCUCUCUCUGCACUCUGCAGAAACUUUCUCUCUCCUCCUCGUUUGCGGUUUCUUUUCAUACCUUGGAAAAGAUUUUGUUUUUGUUUUUGUUGUUAAUGAAACAUUAAUUAAUUGAGAUCCAGUUUACUUUACUUUAUUUGCGAGACCAGAGAGCAAAAGAGGCCUUCACCAAAAACUGACUGCAGACUCUACACACACACACACACUAGUAAACACAAACAAACAGCGAAAUAUAUAUUUAGGAUUUUCUGUAAAAAGGCUGAACCAGUUAGCACAAAACUCGGGAGGCCCCUGCAAAGCUUACACCCUUAAAGAAGCAAAAAGAUUGCUUAUGCGUGUGUACAACCCUAACACCUUAGAGAGAGAAACUACUUAGAGAGAGAGAGACUGCUUAGAGAGAGAAACUAGAGAGAGAGAAAGAGACAAGUGGUGGUGAAUCAUAUCAUUUUAUAUUUUAUAUGACUGAAUAUUAUUGUUCAAGGGUUUAUCAAGUGUAGUAUUAGUGUAGCUCCUUCCAUCCAAGAAAUAUACAAGAGAGAGAGAGAGAGAGAGAGAGAGUUAGAGAGAGAAAGUAGAGAGAGAGAGCGAGGAAAAAAUGGAGGGUGGUGGUGGUGGUGGUGGUAAUAGCAAUUCUUGUAUGAUGGCUUUUGGAGGAAACAAUGAUGGGUUUUGCCCUAUGUUAAUGAUGCCUCCUCAUAAUAAUCAUCAUCAUACUACAGACGGUCGGAAUAACAACCUUUUCCUUCCUCUUAUACCGUCUUCCUCUAACCACCACCACGGCGGCGGUGGCGGCGGCGGUGGUGGUUCUUCUAUGAUGCUUGAAGAACACCACAACAAUGGCGGCGGGGGCAACAAUAAUAUAACGAGCACUGGCUAUUAUUUUAUGGAGAGCAAUAAUAAUAAUAACAACGAUGAUGGAAUUAAUGGAGGCGGCGGCGGCUGUUCUACAAAGGACAAGAUCAUGGCUCACCCACACUACCACCGCCUCUUGUCUGCUUACGCCAACUGCCAAAAGAUAGGAGCGCCGCCGGAGGUGGUGGUGAAGCUGGAGGAAGCGUGCGCGUCGGCGGCGGCGAUGGGGCGGCACGGCGGCGGGACGAGCUGCGUGGGAGAAGAUCCGGCGCUUGAUCAGUUCAUGGAGGCUUACUGUGAGAUGCUGAGCAAGUACGAACAAGAACUCUCCAAACCCUUUAAGGAAGCCAUGGUGUUUCUCUCCAGGAUUGAGUCUCAGUUCAAAUCCCUCUCUCUCUCUGCUCCUGCUUGUGGUGAAGCGAUGGAAAGAAACGGUUCAUCCGAAGAAGAAGUUGAUGUGAACAAUAAUAGCAGCUUCAUCGAUCCACAAGCCGAAGACAGGGAACUUAAAGGACAGCUCUUACGUAAGUAUAGUGGAUAUUUAGGCAGCCUUAAACAAGAAUUCAUGAAGAAACGAAAGAAAGGGAAACUUCCUAAAGAAGCGAGGCAACAAUUGCUCGACUGGUGGAGCCGUCACUACAAAUGGCCUUAUCCAUCGGAAUCGCAGAAGCUGGCGUUGGCUGAAGCGACGGGUUUGGAUCAAAAACAGAUAAACAAUUGGUUUAUUAACCAAAGAAAGAGGCACUGGAAACCUUCUGAAGAUAUGCAGUUUGUGGUGAUGGAUGCUGCACAUCCACAUUACUAUAUGGACAGCGUUUUAGGGAAUCCUUUCCCCAUGGAUAUUUCCCAGGGGCUUCUUUGAAACUAAAUUUCCUUAUGAGGGUUUUAUCGAAACUAACUUUUAUUUUAGUAUUUUAUAUAUAUUUUAGUGGAUUUAAUGAGACAUUUAUUAAGUGUCUCUAUUUAUAUAUAUUUUGAUAUGUUUAAGAGUGGUAUUGUUGGUAAUUAAUUAUAUAACCUGGAUAAUUGUUGUAUUAUUUAUAUGUUUUGGUGAAGUCUUUUUGCUUUGUCUUUGGUUAAUUCUUGUUUCAUAU